GUAAAACAUUUUCAAAACGAUACUGUUUUGACAGUUUUGUUCCGCAACGAUUUUUGUGCAUCGAGUGUGCUGGUUCGAAGUUUUUAUUUUAUACUACAAAAACUGUUAAAAAAUUGAUAUUUUUGUGUAAAAUGACCCGCAAGUAGACCGGAAAAAUAUUUCUUAGUCACUGAAACGAUUCCUGUGACGGAAACCGAUUUCAUUAUGAACUCCCGGAUAACGACACCUAAGUUUUCAAACCGUUUUGGAUCGCCUUCAAGAUUGGUCACCCCUGUACGAUCCAAUCUACUAAAAUCAACAAUGAGUGGUUCAUUAUCAGGAAAUAGAGGAAGUAAACUGACUGCCUCGAGCACUGAAAGCUUAAGUUCUACUCCCUCAUCAAAUGUGAAGACUCCGAAGAAUCCCUCCGCUUUGUUCGCAAAAUCUAAGUCUUCAACAAUUCUUAACAGCUGCAUGACUCCGUCGUCUUUAUUCCGAGGAACGAAAUCAGCAACUUCAUUGAAAAAUGGAGGUGGAACACCGAAUUACGGAUUGCCAAAAUCCAAGUCUCAUUUGGAUAGAUUCGUGCGAACUGCACCAGAUAAAAUGUCACUGGACAGUCCCCGAGUGAUUCGGCAUUCAGCCAAAUUAGACGAGUCCGUGAAAUCUUUAAAGGAAAAAGAUGGUGAAAUAAGUAAUUUAAAAGUAGCAGUUCGAGUGCGUCCGCUUUCUGCCAAGGAAUGUAUUGAAUCGGUGCCCAACAUUGUGCUAGUUAGGGGUAAUGAUGUGAUUGUGAACGCAGGGAAUACUGCUGAUUACUCGGCGGGAGUGGAGCAUCGUUUUCAAUAUGACCACGCGUUUUGGUCUUGCAACGCAGAAGAUCCUGCCUAUGUCGGACAAUCUGAUGUUUACGACGGUCUAAUGAAGCCACUGCUGGAUAAGGCGUUCGAAGGAUAUAACGCAUGUCUUUUUGCAUACGGCCAGACUGGAUCCGGUAAAAGCUACAGCAUGAUGGGAUUGGACUCGGAUGAUCUGGAAAUCAAUUCGGAGGCAGGCAUUAUCCCUCGCUUUUGCCAAGAGCUUUUCGCUCGAACUGAGGCAAUAAAAGACCAAAUUCAUGUAGAAGUCGAGGUUAGCUACUUUGAAAUUUAUAACGAAAAGAUUCACGACCUGCUGGCGGUAUCGGCCACAGAUGGAGUUUUCUCUGUGACUUCUUCUAGUGCUAAAAAGCCUCCGCUGAAAGUUCGAGAGCAUCCAAUAUGGGGACCGUACGUGGUUGACUUGAGUACCAAUCCGGUAGAUUCGCAUUCCGCCCUACGAAAUUGGCUUGCCGUUGGCAACAGUCAGCGUGCCACGGCGGCUACCGGAAUGAACGAUAAAAGCUCACGGUCCCAUUCUAUUUUUUCGGUUGUGCUGAAUCUAUCAGAGAAAGCCUCAACACAGGAUAAGGAUGUCAAAACUGGUCAUCAGACCAAGAGAAGCAAAAUUAGUUUGGUGGAUUUGGCCGGCUCGGAACGCGUUAGUCACACAUGUGUCAGUGGGGAGCGCUUGAAGGAAGGGGUCAGCAUAAACAAAAGUUUGCUAACGUUGGGAAAAGUGAUAUCGUCAUUGGCGGAGUCUAAGAAAAAUCCAGCGACCUACAUCCCGUACCGAGACUCGGUGCUGACCUGGUUAUUGAGGGAGAGCCUAGGCGGUAAUUCACGAACUGUGAUGCUGGCUACUAUCUCACCGGCGGCAACACAUUUAGAUGAAACGUUGGCGACUUUGCGGUACGCGUGUCAGGCCCGAACCAUUGUCAACCGGGUCAAGGUAAACGAAGAUCCGCACGACCGUAUUAUCCGUGAAUUACGAGCCGAAGUCGAGCGCCUGCAGGUCUUACGACAGGAUUAUGAAAGACAAAAGCGACACUCGGCGAAUCAAAAUCAUCAACCAAGGAAAAUCAUCAUCGAAACUUCCGUCGAUGAUGGUGAGGUGGAGGCAUUGCGACAACAAUUAGCAGAAACCGAACAGGAACUGGUUAAGGCCCAGAAAUCAUGGCAAGAACGACUUCAGGAAGCCGAGGACGUUCGUCGAACAGAGAUGAAGAUGUUGAAACGUAAGGGGUUGGCACUGGAACUGUCUGCCGAGCAGAAAGAACCAUGUUUGGUGAAUUUGUCCGCUGAUCCUAUGCUCUCGGGAACGCUACUGUACAUUAUUCCAAAUGGGGUGGUGAAAAUAGGUCGACCUUCUUCGUUUUCUUCACCGGAUAUUGUGUUAGAAGGACCAUUGGUGUCCCACCAUCACUGUUCAAUUGAAAACAGAAACGGCCAACUUUUUCUGAUCGCCGAAGACACAGAUCACUACGAAACCUUCGUCAAUGGAGAGCUGCUCCGAGAUCGACGGCAGCUGUUUCACAACGACCGGGUCGUCAUUGGAGGGUCACAUUACUUUCGGGUUUCGAAUCCGCAAUGUCCAAACCGUGACAAACAAAUCAUGGUAGAUUUUCAACUGGCCCACCAUGAAAUACUGCGGGAACAGGAAAUGAGACUCCGCCGUGAACUGGAUGCCGAGAAGCAAGCUGCCAUCUCUCGGCUCGAAGCGGAGCGUAUUGUUCACGAACGCCAGUACGAAGAACGUCUCGCGUCGUUGGAGCUGGAAAAGUUCAGAUACAAGUGCGACAAGGAACUGCUGGAAACGGAGAAGGAAGCAAUGCAAAAGGAAAACAACGGUGUCGACUUGGAUGGUUCUUUUGUGAUAACCCCGUUCAAGUCCAAUCUGGCAGAGGAAAUUCGCAAAAUUAUGGAACGACCCAGCGAGGAAAGUUUGCAUCACAUCCAGCUGAUGGUCAAGGAAGCAACUCAAAGAUGCGCCGAUUUAGGACUACAGUUUGAGUUUCAGCAAGCUCAAGUUUUAGACGAACAGGGUAUUUUCAGAGCGGUUGUAAAUAUUUACGAUAAAACGAAUGACAAGGUUGCGGAAUGGUUACCUGCCCGUUUAGAAUACUGGCUCAGCAUCGUCAGGGAUCGAGAGGACGUGAGUAUAGAAAAUAUAUUCGAAAAUUUCGACUUGGAAUGGAAACAGGAUACCACCGACUCCAAUCAGCUUCGAAAGGAAACACGAAAAUCCAGUAGAAUAUCUCUUAAUUUGAGUUCGGUAAAAGACAUGAUUUUCGGAAGAAACAGUCUUAGCGGACAAACCGCUCCACCGUGCGGUAGUGCAAAAAAAUCAGAAGGUCUGCUGAAAUCAAUGUUCAAAAUGAGUACUCCAGCGAACAACAUCCGAAAAGGGCUGUUUUUGGAGGAUUGUACAGAAAAUGACUGCAUGAUGUUGAAUGACGAAAACAUCCCCUGCAACCAGCAAUCAAUAUCUCCUACAAAAAGUCCAGGAUUCGAAUUAAAAGUCAACAACUAUCUCAAGGAUAUUCAAGUUGCUACUCUUAAAUUGAAGAAGCUUUGUGAGAAACAACAACGACGCAGUUCCAAAAAGUCCGACGAAAGCGUGAUCGAUUUAGAUUGCAGUGUUCGAUCGGACGAAGGAUUGGCCACAGAUUUCCUCCGCUCGAUAAAGGAUAUAGAGAGCGCCCUCCAGGAUAUGCGAUUCGUACUGACGGAGCAAAAUGUGAGACUGGCCGCAGUGACGGAUCUUGCCAAAACACCGAAAUCAGUAAGAUUUUUAUUAGAUUAGAUAUAUGAAAGUAUUUUGGUCACCAAGCUUGAGAGUAAAACUGGUGAUCGUGGUAAAAAAUAUGGUGAUUUGUGUGUUUAUGUACUUUGCCGCAUUUUCAAUAUUAAAUAGCUUUCGGAUAUUUAUUGUUUUUAAACAGUACGUUGUAAAAUAUUUUGUAUUAUGAUUUAUACUUGAUACAAAAAAUAGACUAAGUUUUAAAACAUAGAGUAUAAUAAACUGCC